AUGGUCGGGGUUCCAGGGCGCAGCAAUGGCUGCCAAACUUGCCGGAAGAGGCGGCUCAAAUGCGCAGAUGAAGCAAGACCGAGAUGCCAACGCUGCGAAAAAUCAGGAUACAAAUGCGCAGGCUACGAAAAGCCACUCCACUUCCGCAUCGCGGUUUCUUCAGCAACUGAAGCGACCAAAAUCAGCCGAACUGCAACCACAUUGCAUUGCCGGAACAAUAGUCAUUCCGCAGUUCCCAUGACACUAAGCCUGGUAUCAUUCGAGUCCGAUAUUUGCAACGCCUUCCUCCUCGAAAACUUCGUCUGGCGCAGCUAUGGGUAUAAGUGGCUGCACCUCGCAGUCUCCGGCAAAAUUUCCCUCCUAGCUCUCCAAGCCAGCUCGGCACUCUCGCAAAGCAACUUUGGUAGUUUCCAUCGCCAGUACGAUCUUAAAAUUAAUGGCUCGAUCCUGUACGGCAAAGUCGUCCGAUCGCUAAUCCCGGUACUCUCUUACCCAAUAAAACCAGCCGUCGAGGCCCUGAUCGUGCCUAUCAUGAUAUUACUGAUCCAUGAAUCUUUGCUUGCGGAUCAGACGGGCUCAAUAUCACAUGUUCGGGGCUUAAUACAGCUGAUAAUGGUUUGUGGGCCGGAGAGAUUUCAGCAAGAGCCAUUAAGGAGUGCAUUCGAGAGUUGCCGUGCCACAUUGAUAACUAUAGGCCUGAUCUCAAAGAAACGGUGUUUUCCGGAUGAAGAAAAGUGGCAUUCAAUCCCUUGGGCAAUCGAGCCGAGCUCUAAAUCACCGCAGAAUUAUCUCGCGGACAUCCUGGUUACCGUUCCGGGGAUGCUUGAAGAUGACGCGGUUUUAAGGCGCCAAUAUGAUUCUAUGGCGCGUGCGACUUUAAUUGAUCGACUAAAGUGCCAGCUUAUAAAGCUGUUUGAAUGGCGCUGGAACUGGGAAAAGCUGAACCAAUUUUCUGUUUGGGAAGUGCCAGUUAGCUUAAACCCAAACCGACCCGCUAUAACCGGCCAGGAUCGUAUCUUCGAAAGUAUAUUCUGCUUCUCCGCAUUUGAGCUAGCAACCGAGAUUAUGCUUUACAACGGCGUCCAGAUGUGGCUUGUCGGGCUACUCCAGGAAUUGCUGCCAUUGAAUUCGCCCGCGAUUAUCUCUUCCGCGGCACGAAUUUCAGCAAGCCGAGCCGGCACUCUUAGGGACACUAAUUUCACCCCUCUGGUGCUUCCAGGUACAUCAUUUUCGCUUAGGGAGCCAGCUAUCGAGAUCUGUAGGGCCCUUGAGUACCAAUGCCUCAAUUUGCAGCAUAGCAGAGGUGCUGCACUAUUCUGUCUGCUCCCUAUUGGACUUGCGUACGGUACUUUGGAGCAGGAACCACAGUACCGAGACUGGAUCCGAUCGAUGCUGGAUCUGUCACCCGUUAUGAAAGGAUAUGUGCUUGGACAGAGUGUGAAAGGCUUUGGACUUUAUUAUCGAUAUUGGAGAUUACCUGGGAUUACUGCAUAG